AUGGGAAGGAAGAAGGCGAGUCGUUCUGCUAAUUCCCCAUUCUCCAAUCAGUCAUUCCCAUGGAUGCGUAAAAACACCACUUUCAAAUCCGAGGCAAAAAAGGGUAGAGCAUUAUGGGGAGAUUCAAGUUGGACAACUACUUUUUGUAACCUUUGUGUGGAACAGAUUGAAGCCGAGAAUAGAACAAAAGGUGCUGCCUUUAGUCCCAAAGUUUGGACCAUUUUGGUGACCAAAUUUUGUGAUGAGACCGGUCUAAACUAUGAUAAGGAUCAAUUAAAAAGUAGGUGGAAUGUAUUAAAAGUUGAUUGGAGAGUGUGGGAACAAUUGAAGAGUCAUGACACAGGUUUAAGUUGGAAUGCAGUGAAGGGAACAAUUGAUGCUAGUGAUGAUUGGUGGGACCGGAAGUUGAAGGACAUACCCAAAGCUACAAAAUUUCAGUAA